AUGACGAGCAACUUCCCUUGAUCCGGUAGCCAUUGGAGACCCGAAAAGGACCCAAAGAAAAAAAGUUGCGAUUUUUUUUUUAUUUUCUCUUGGCGGAAAAUUUGCAACUGAAAUGAUGAACAGCGUCGGAGGAGAAGAGAGGCAAUAUUAGGGGAAAUUUCUGGGUUUUCUGAUUGGGGGCAGGGAAAAAAACCCUAGGGUGAUGAUCAGAUGCUAUUGGGUCGUCGAGGAAUAGAGAAGCAUCGACCAUCAUGAUGAACACUUCGAAUGGCAUGAUCUCGGCGCCGUCUUCGUCGGCGGCGGCGAACCCUCAGGCGCCGGGAAUCAAGACGUACUUCAAGACGCCGGAGGGGAAGUACAAACUCCACUACGAGAAGACUCACCCUUCUGGGCUCCUUCACUACGCCCAUGGCAAAACCGUCACUCAGGUCACUUUAGCUCAUCUUAAGGAGAAACCUUCUCCUUCUACCCCAACUGGUACUUCUUCAAGUUUUAGUUCUGGUAGUGGAUUCCGCUCAGCAACAGCUCGAUUGUUGGGUGGUGGAAAUGGGAGUCGUGCACUUAGUUUUGUCGGGGUUAAUGGAGGGAGCAAAAGUUUGAGUACAAGUACGAGAAUCGGUGGUUCAUUCACUGCCGCUAGUUCUAGCACAUCGGUGAAAAAUACUAAUUUCGACGGGAAAGGAACUUACUUAGUUUUCAACGUGGGCGAUGCCAUUUUUAUCUGUGACUUGAACUCUCAAGACAAGGAUCCUAUAAAGUCUAUCCAUUUCAGUAAUUCAAACCCUAUAUGCCACGCAUUUGAUCCAGAUGCUAAGGAUGGGCAUGAUUUGCUUAUUGGACUGAAUUCCGGCGAUGUCUACACCGUAUCACUUAGACAGCAGUUACAGGAUGUCAGUAAGAAGCUAGUCGGUGCACUUCAUUAUAACAAGGAUGGCUCUAUUAAUAACAGCCGUUGCACUAGUAUUGCUUGGGUGCCUGGAGGCGAUGGAGCCUUUGUUGUCGCUCAUGCCGAUGGAAAUUUGUACGUGUACGAGAAGAACAAAGAUGGCACCAUUGAUUCUUCAUUCCCUGCUAUACGAGAUCCUACGCAAUUUUCAGUGGAUAAAGCAAAAUACAACAAGAGUAAUCCCGUCGCUAGAUGGCACAUGUGUCAAGGUUCAAUUAACAGCAUUGCAUUCUCAAAUGAUGGGACAUACUUGGCAACUGUUGGAAGAGAUGGUUAUCUUCGUGUUUUCGACUUCUCAAAUCAAAAGCUAGUGUGGGGUGGAAAAAGUUAUUAUGGUGCUCUAUUAUGUUGUGCUUGGAGUAUGGAUGGGAAGUACAUUUUAAGCGGAGGUGAAGAUGACUUGGUUCAAGUAUGGAGUAUGGAUGAAAGGAAGGUUGUGGCUUGGGGGGAGGGACACAAUUCAUGGGUGAGCGGCGUGGCUUUUGAUUCUUAUUGGACGUCGCCAAAUUCAGAUGGAUCGGGAGAGAAUAUCAUUUAUCGAUUUGGUUCAGUUGGUCAGGACACUCAGUUACUUUUAUGGGACCUGGAACUGGACGAGAUUGUGGUUCCGCUCUGACGAGCUCCUGGAGGGUCCCCGACGGGAAGUCAGUCCUCAUCUCAUUGGGACAACCUCGUACCGGUCGGAACUCUUCAUCCCGCCUCGUUCCCCCGCGACGUCCCGAAACUCUCCCCCGUCGUUGCUCAACGCCUCCACAUAGAGCCCCUCUCGGGACUGAUGUUCACCCGAGAAUCCGUCAUCACAGCCUGCAGAGAAGGCCAUAUAAAGAUAUGGACCCGACCCAGCGGCACUGAACCGGAGGCAAAUUCCAGGACGACCCUUUUGAGCAACCUCCUCGUCUCCAAAGACAGUAAGCUCGCUGGUGGUUCCAGUUACAUACGGGCAUUGACCCGACCAUGAAGCUCUGUCUGAAAUCGAUUGUUUCAGGUUUGGUUUUCCUGACUCAGGCCUGUGGUAAUAUCUCCGGCCUUUUUUGUUCGCUAAACCCUAACAGAGUCAGCCGCUGUAUAUUUGGGGAGAUUGAGACAGAGGCGAAAAGGAUUUUUGGGGGAUGUAAUCAUGAAAUCGGCUCUUGCUUAUUAGGGUUUUAUGUCUUCGAGUAAAAACUAACAGGAGGGAUAAUGGGAAGUUUGGAGAUUGAGACAGACAACACUCUGUCUUGUUUGUUUUCUUCGCCAUAGAUUUUUUCUUGUUACAGUUUCUUUUUGUUUUGAUGGCAAAAUAGGUAUGUUAAGUUGUUCUAUUCCUAUAUAAUACACACUUUCACA